CACACUGCAACUCCUCCUACGCAAACCACCCCAACCUGCACAACCUCUCCUCACCGAACCAAAAUCUCACAGCUUCGCUUCUCUCUCGCCUCCCGAAGAAAAUAGCUAGAGAAAAAAUUCGCGGAUCAAGAAGGAAAAAGAAAAGGAACACUUGAGCUUGUUUGGACUGACAACAAUGGCGGCGAAGCGGCUUCACGACGGCUACGGACAGGAGGACCAGCCCGACGACAAGCGUGUGCGCCGCAUGCCGUCCUUCUCGACGGUGAUCCGUGAGGCCUUGAUGGUGAAGCAGAUGCAGACUCUGUUCGUCGCACUGGAGCCACUUCUCCGUAGAGUGGUGCAGGAGGAGCUCCAGGCAGGUCUCGUGCGCAGCCCGCGUUACAUCGAGAGGAUGUCGCCUGAGACGCCGCCGGCUCAGCCGCCGAUGUGGAAGCUGGCGUUCCGGUUCAAGCCGCAGCUCCCGAUCUUCACCGGGAGCAAGAUCGAGGACGUGAACGGCAACCCACUGGAGAUCAUCCUCGUCGACGUCGACACCGGCGCGCCGGCGACGAUCUCGCAGCCUCUGCGCGUCGAGGUCGUCCCGGUCCUGGGCGACUUCCCGCCGGACGACCGCGAGCACUGGACGGCGGAGGAGUUCCAGCAGAGGGGCAUCGUGAAGGAGCGCUCCGGCAAGCGCCCGCUCCUCACCGGCGACGUCAGCCUCACCAUGCGCGACGGCUGCGUCGUCGUGAACGAGCUCCAGUUCACGGACAACUCCUCCUGGGUUCGCUGCCGCAGGUUCCGCAUCGGCGUCCGCGUCGUGCCGGGCAGCUACGACGGCCCAAGAAUAGGCGAGGCCAUGACCGAGCCCUUCGUCGUCAGAGACCACCGCGGCGAACUGUACAGGAAGCACUACCCUCCCGUUCUUGGCGACGAUGUCUGGAGGCUUGAGAAGAUUGGCAAGGAGGGUGCCUUCCACAGGAAGCUGACGCAGCACAACGUCAGGAACGUGCAGGAGUUCUUGCGGCUGCUCACGGUUAAGCCGGACGAGCUGCGCGCUAUCAUGGGCGACGGCAUGACCGAUCGCAUGUGGGAGGUGACGACGAGCCACGCCAAGAAGUGCGUCCCCGGCGACAAGGUGUACAUGUACAGCACGCAGCACGGCACCGUCUACGUCAACUCCAUCUUCGAGCUCGUGAAGGUCGAGCUCGCCGGCGUGGAGUACCAGCUGCACCAGCUGAACAGGGGUCAGAAGGCGUUCGUGCAUCAGCUGCUGCUGGCGGCGUACGAGCAGCGAAACAACCUCCAAGAGGCCGACGCCAUGGCGCUCCACUGCAACGACGUUCCUCUGCUGCAGAAUGCAGCGGAGAUAACUAUCCCGGCGCUUGGAGACACGCAGCUGUGGAUUCAGAACAGUCUCAACAGCCAAGAAAUCGACUUCCAGGUCGACGAGAUCCCCCAAGCUAACUUUGCGCUUCAGUGGACUGGCCAAAUGUACAACAUUUCAGGCUAAGAACAGUCACUGAUGAACAGUAACUAAGGCUGGGGACUUUAAAAGGUUUCAGAAAUAGGGUGUACAUUGUCUUUUCAAGUUCGCGUCUGUAUAACUGUGUUCAAGUGACACGAAGGUUAAGGGUAGGUGAACAACAGCUUGAGCGGCCCUCACUGUCUCGCAGAGAAUGUGGCCAAUUUGGCCAGCAUCGGCGAGAGCAAGAAGAGGCGAGCAAGUUAAUUCUUUGGUUUAAUUGGUAUCCUUUGUUGCAGUUUUUCUUCUUCGUGUUUAGUCAAGUAGUAGUGUUCUUCUCCCAAAGGUUGCAUUGUUAAUGUUGGGGUGUCGCAACAUGGAGAAGGAGAACAUGUAUGAUGAUAAUGCAGAACCUGUAAGAGCAAACCGGUCGUUCUGCGAUGUUAACAUUUUGCUGAAGUUUUUGUGUCUGUAACAUCAAGUCCCAGUAAAUAAAUAACUCAUUUUUUUUUUGUA